GUGUUACCCCGACUGGUUCCAGAUGGCAGAAGCGGAGUCGAAGCAGGAUUUCAAAUUGGAGAAGGAGAAUGAACUCCGCUUCGAGGUCGAAGCUCCCCACACAGUCCGACUCGAGCUGGUGGAGGGAUUCGCGGAAAUAUUCGGUGUCGAGAUUGUCAAAGACAAAGAAUACGUUUUCACAAGCGGCUCAAAGAUCGCUGUUUUCACAUGGCAUGGAUGUACCUUGCGCUUGUUCGGCACCACGGAAGUUGUUUACGUUUCCAAAGAAACUCCAAUGGUCAUAUAUGCCAAUAUCCACGCUGUCCUGGAACAAAUGCGUCAGAAAGCGGAGCAGAAGGGAACCAAAGGUCCUACGGUGAUGGUGGUCGGUCCGACCGACGUUGGGAAGUCCACUCUCUGCAAAAUUCUACUGAACUACGCCGUGCGGCAGGGACGUCGACCGGUGUUCGCAGACCUGGACGUAGGUCAGGGUCAGAUCUCCCUCCCCGGCACUAUAGGCGCGGUAUUGGUCGAGAGACCGUCCGAUGUCGAGGAGGGCUUCAGUCAGCAAGGACCACUGGUUUUCCAUUUCGGUCACAUCAGUCCGGGGGAAAACAUUGAACUGUAUAAUAUGUUGACGCAGAAGCUUGCGCAAGUUUUGCAAAGUAGAGCAAACGUCAACAAACGAGCGUCCCACAGCGGAGUGAUAAUCAACACCUGCGGAUGGGUGAAGCAAUCCGGCUACAGGGCUCUGCUCAACGCGGUUUUGAAUUUUGAAGCGGACGUCGUCCUCGUCAUGGACCAGGAGAGAUUGUACAACGAAAUGGUCCGAGAUCUGCCCGCUUUCGUGAACGUAGUUUUCACGCCAAAAUCUGGCGGCGUCGUGGAACGAGUCAAGAAGAAUCGCGUCGACGCCCGUGAAGCCGCUGUGAAACAGUAUUUCUAUGGACUGAAAACGGCACUGUAUCCUCACUCAUUCGACGUCAAGUUCAACGAGGUCAAAAUCUACAAAAUAGGUGCCCCCGCCCUACCGGACUCGUGCAUGCCGUUGGGCGUGAAGGUUGAGAACAACAAAACGAAACUCGUGGAGAUUCACAGUCCCGCCUCGCUUCUACACCACAUCCUCGCGGUAUCCUUCGCAUCGCCGGGCGACCAAGAUGAAGACAUCAUCCUCAGCAACGUGGCAGGAUUCCUCUGCGUCACCAACGUUGAUACAGAGCGCAACACCAUCACGGUUCUGUCACCGCAACCACGACCUCUCCCGAAGUCAGUGUUGCUCCUGAGUGAAGUUCAGUUCGUUGACUCCGCACACUAGAAAGAAUAAAACUGACCGAUAGAGAUCUAGCUCAUCCUUGUAUAUAGACGUGUUGAGAAAUAAAAUCCGGGUCUUGGGGCUCGAGUGAUACGCCGACUAUUACGGCU